GCGAGGAUGAACGGGACCGACAGAACAACAUAUCAAGAGGAGGAGCUGCUGGCUAACUCCACCUGGACCUAUCACCAGAACUACACUCUCUCUCCUUCCCUGCUUCAAGACAAGACUACCACGCCCAAACCUGCGUCAUGUGAGCAGGUCCACAUCGCUGUUGAGGUUUUUCUGAUCCUGGGUAUCAUCUCUCUGCUGGAGAACAUCAUGGUCAUUACAGCCAUCGUGAAGAACAAGAACCUCCACUCACCCAUGUACUUCUUUGUCUGCAGUCUGGCAGUAGCAGACAUGCUUGUGAGUGUGUCCAACGCCUGGGAGACCAUCAUCAUUUACCUCCUGAACAAGAGACAACUGGUGGUGGAGGAGCACUUCAUCAGGCAGAUGGACAACGUGUUUGAUUCUAUGAUCUGCAUCUCGGUUGUUGCAUCCAUGUGUAGCCUGCUGGCCAUUGCUGUGGACAGGUACGUCACCAUCUUCUACGCACUGAGGUACCACAACAUCAUGACAGUGAGAAGAGCCGGCUGCAUCAUCGGAGGAAUCUGGACCUUUUGCACAGGCUGCGGCAUUGUCUUCAUCAUCUACUCUGAGACCACGCCUGUCAUUAUAUGUCUGGUGUCCAUGUUCUUUGCCAUGCUGCUCAUCAUGGCUUCUCUCUACAGCCACAUGUUCAUGCUGGCCCGCUCUCACGUGAAGCGCAUCGCCGCCCUGCCUGGAUACAACUCCAUCCACCAGCGCACCAGCAUGAAGGGUGCCAUCACCCUCACCAUCCUCUUGGGAAUCUUCAUUGUCUGCUGGGCUCCUUUCUUCCUUCACCUGAUCCUCAUGAUCUCCUGCCCGCGUAACCUCUACUGCGUGUGCUUCAUGUCGCACUUCAACAUGUACCUGAUCCUCAUCAUGUGCAACUCAGUGAUCGAUCCCCUCAUCUAUGCCUUCAGGAGUCAGGAGAUGAGAAAGACUUUCAAGGAGAUUAUUUGUUGUUACAGCCUGAGGAAUGUCUGCACCAACAUCUGCGCUAUGACUGGUAAGUUCUGAGAGGAAAGGAGAAAACAAUUCA